ACUCUGCCACGCUUCCCUCGCUUUCCUUGUAUUUCUCCAUUCUUCUGCCCCCUCUUCACUCUCUCACCCCCAAUCUCUACCUCUCUUCUUUUCCGCCUGAGAACCAGUGGAAAUCAGAAGGAGCUCUUCAGUGAUUUUUACUGUAAUCUUUUUUAAAACUUGGAUUUCUUGAGCUGUUAUCAAUUAGAAGUUCGCCGAAUCGUUUCGAAAUGAUGAAACCGCGAAUCGGCGGCUCCUAUAGCUCGAUCUGUGGCCACGCAUGAUGAGCCUCAGGCCAGGCAUCUCCGACAGGCCGGAGAAGUUCUCCGAGCACGUGACAACCACGAGGAAAACGGUUUCCGGCAACAAGCUCGCCGGAGGUCUGAGAAGAUUGGGGAUGGAGCGGCGCUGCCGGCGGAAGGUCGUCCGAAUCUACUUCACCGACGUGGAUGCUACGGAUUCGUCCUCGAGCGACGAGGAAACCAGCGGGCUCGCCCGGCGCCGGGUUAAACGGCACGUGCACGAGAUAGGGAUCGAGGUCGCCGCAUCGGCCCGCCGGGUUCCCCCGCCGAAACAGCCGGCGAGGGCGCCGCAGGCGGACGACCGGAAGAGGUUCCGCGGCGUGCGGCGGCGGCCGUGGGGCCGCUGGGCGGCGGAGAUCCGCGAUCCGACUCGGCGGAAGCGGGUGUGGCUCGGUACCUUCGACACAGCCGAGGAAGCGGCCGCCAUGUACGACAGCGCUGCCGUCAUGUUAAAGGGAGCCAACGCCGUCACCAACUUCCCCACCGAACCGGCCGUCACCGUCACCAGCGACUCGUCCGGCAAGUGCGACGACUCCUCCUACCCCUACCCCUCCCCGACGUCCGUCCUCCGUUACGGCGGGGACCAGACGCCGUUCGACUUCCUCGGGUACGGCGAUGUGGACGCCCUCGGCUUCAGCGUGGAGCCGCCGUUAUGUUUGACGGACUUCGACUUUUCCAAACGGCAGUGGUGGGAAGUGGAGGAGUUCGGCGAGUUCGACGCCGAGGAUUUCUCGCUGGAAGCCGCUACCUUAUAGUACUUCCAUGGACAAUGACGAAAACACCCCCAUCAUACUAGGCUGCCAGCCCUUAUCCUUCGUGUGCAGUAUCGUCUUUUUCUCCAUUUAGUAGUAAUCUUCGCGAGUGUGGAGCGUGUAACGGCGAGAAUUUGUUAAAGUGGAAUGGCGGGAGUUUCCUGGCUAUUUGUUUAUUUUUUUUGUUUUAGUAAAGAAAUGAUUAAAUUAAGACAUAUUUUUA